AUGGAUCGCAUUGAAUGCACAGCCGUUUACAUUGAUCGUCGUGUUAGUUCAGAGCGAUGGGUGUACCAGCCCCCAUCCGAUGUAUCACCAGAUGCUACCAGCACCUUCCUACUCUCUGACGAGACCGAAUCUCUUCGCACAGACUUGAAUCUUUUGUUGGGGGUUUGUAAUCAGAUCUACCUUUGUCAAACGGGAGCCUCUCUCGCGUCAAAAUUGGCUGAACUUAGCGAGCGCGCCACCAGCCGUUGCACGCCUAUUUUUGCCUUCUUCGAUAUUGACAUUGGUGGCGAAGACUCCGGUUUGUCUCGUCGGAAGAGCAGCCGUGGGUCGUGGCCUGAAGUGACUCCUCCGUCACCGACGUCAUUGUACCGCGGGUUUACUUUCUCCUCUCAGUCAGAGGGCGCAUACGAUCUUAAAUUGUUAUCCGGGCUAUCCGCCGAUAUCCAGGUUCAAGAGUCCCCGAGUUUGAUCGUACCGGUUGCGAUUCUGCGCUCUUCAUACGGAUUUCCUACCAGUGCCCCUACCGGCCCACAGUGUUCUGACAUUUCGAUCCCGGAGCCUCACCAAAUCUCUAGGUGCUUGGAUGCUGGCGCGGUAGACGUUUUGGCGGCGCCGCUGGACAGAGCCAGAGUGCAGGGUCUUCUGGUCCACGCUUAUAGGGCUCGGAAAUCUGGACUCAAGGAACAGUCGCGCUUUUUGUCUAGGAAGAAAUUGCGGAAGCACUCAUGGGUAGGCGUCCAUGACGAGCAACCAUAUGCUUAUCUGAGGGAGGCCAUGGUCUCAAAGCUUAUGAAGGGUAUAUGCAACCCGGAAGACUUCAUUGAAGAGUUCCAGAAUCGGGGAUUGGACGUACGCCCCGAACGCUUGGAAUUUAUCAAAGAGAAAGUGGGAAGCUGGACGUUCAAUGGCCAUGACUUCUCUGAUGAUGAACUCGUACAAGCUGCUUUUGAGAUGAUUCAGCAUGCCUUCACGCUGCCAAAUCUGGAACAUUGGCAGCUCACACCUGAUGAGCUCGUGACCUUUUUACUCGCCUGCCGCACGUCCUACAACUCCUUCGUCCUUUACCAUAAUUUUCGCCAUGCCAUCGACGUACUGCAAUCCGUUUUCUGUUUUCUACUCCGCAUUGGCGCUCUGCCACCUUACGGAUCAUUUUCCCAGGACCUCGAGCCCAUGUCCCCACUUGCAUCGCUCAUCACUCCUUUCGAUACCCUAACCUUGCUAAUAUCCGCCAUCGGCCAUGAUGUUGGCCAUCCCGGCGUGAAUAAUUUCUUUCUGGUGAAACUUAAUGCACCAUUGGCUCAACUCUACAAUGAUAAUUCGGUUUUAGAAGCUUUUCACUGUGCCGCUUUCUCUCAGAUUCUACGCCGCUACUGGCCCGCAGCAUUCAAAGACAAGCAGCUCCGCAAGCUCCUUAUCAGCUCCAUCCUGGCCACCGAUAUGGGUGUUCAUCAAAAAUUCAUGGAAAGGCUUGGAUCGUUGCAGGAAAAGUUCUACGAGAACGGCAAAACCUUGGACGGCUGGAAGCCUCAGGAUCUUGAAAUGUACAAGACGCUGCUCUGUGGUUUGUUGAUCAAGUGUGCCGAUAUCAGUAACGUGGCGCGGCCGUGGGACGUGGCAGAGAAGUGGACUAAAAUCCUGCAAGAGGAAUUCGCCAAUCAGGGAGAGAUGGAGAAGGAGGUUGGGAUGGAAACGGCUCUUUUCGGCGGUCCCCCGGAACUUGGGAAUACUUAUAAACUUGCCACGGGCCAAAUUGGAUUCAUGUCGAUUUUUGCUCUUCCUCUCUUUGAGGGUGUGGCGGACAUCUUGCCCGGUAUGCGCUUCACUGUUGAACACAUCCGUGGAAACCAGUCCAAAUGGCAUCUCCUUGCCGAUUUAGAGAAAAGGAAACGGGCCUUGCGAGGUGAACUUGAACUCGGUUCUGAUGAUGUGCUCUCUCCUCGCACACGGAGCCCGGCUGGUAGUGUAAAGGGUCUUAAAAGCCUUCGAGGGCCGUUGGCAACCCCAGGAUCUGAUACUCCCGCUAGAUCGUCAGUUCCGCGAAGUGAUCCUGAGACUCAGAGGCCAACCAGGGAUUAUUUCGGAUCGGUUCGUUCGUCGAUCUCCACGGCUGAAUCGCUCCACAGUUUCAACGAAAAUGCCAUUAGCCCUGCUGUGUCACCGGAUACUCCUGGUCCCGCGAUGGAUAUUACUGGGAGCCCCUUGCCUUCCGAAUCAAUCUCGCGCAAGUCGUCAAAUACUAUACCUGACCUUCCCAUGAUCUCUCCUAACGAGCAAGGCGCGAACUCGGAACCUUCCAAUGGCCAUACUGACAGCCACGCUGUAGAUGAAGGGGACAGUUCUUCAAGUGAUCCUGCUGUUAAAGAUCACCCCAGUGCCCAUGAAGGUUUGGCCGAGGUUGCCGGGGAAAGGCCCAGCAGUUCGCGGAACGCUCCAUAUCGCCGCCAUCAUGCCAACACCGGCUCGUCAGGGCGUACAUCUGGUCCUUCGAAUUCUCAGCGGAAUAGUUGUACUCGGACGCAUAGUCUCAGCAACUACAGCAAUACGAUGACCCCAAUCUCUCCCGCUACCAAUGCAACCAGCUUUCUGACCGUGGAUAGCGGCGAUGAAAACAGUGUUCCCCGGGAUAGUACUAGCAGAGGUGACCACGACUGUGAGAGACGCCCCAGUUCGUCGAGUGUUGUCAACGAGAGUUGGAACGGGACCCCCAACAUUGGUGGUAGCCCGACUUCCCAUCCGAGGAAUGACGCAAACAACAGACAAAACACUCCCUCCCGACUGGAGAAUGGACUUGGCAGCUCUCAUUCGACAUCGACGAGUGCUAGUGUCAAGAACAAGAGCCCAGGUCCGCAUUGGGACGAGGUGGCGGGUGGCGAGCAGACGCAGCAUAAGCUCCCGAAACGACGCAGUCGUCUUCGGUUGGCUUUUUGGAGACGCAAAAAUCACCAUUCACCGCAGCAUGAGCUGAGCGGUGAAUCAUGA